GAUCCCUACCCCGAAGAGGAAGAAGCUCGAAAUCAUUAAUCACCUAUAAAUUUUCGGGACGAAUUUUCGCAAAUAAACGUGAAGAAUUUUGUUCAAUUACAAGUGGGCGAUGUGAAAAAUGUGAAAUCGCGUAAAAUAUUGAUAAAUAAACGGUUGAAAUGCAAUUUGUUGCGAUGAAAUAUUCACAUGCAAAGUAACGAGUAGAAGUUAUGAUCGUUCGCUACAAUUCAUUCGCUAUCAACGAGUAGAUGAUGAUCGCUAAAAAGAAAAUAAUUCACUUCAAGUAAAUUGACAUAAUAAACACAGAAAAAAAUAAAAAAUAAUUUACAAAUUGUGUGGUGCGAAUAAAUAAAAAAAACAAUAUUUCUUUGUGAAUGUGUGUGUUUGUUGGAUCAAAACAAAACAAAAAGUAAAAAAGCAAAGGAGCUAUUGAAGUGCAACAAACCAGAAGUGCAAUAUGAUGACCAAAUAAAGUUCCCUUGGUGUAUGCAGAAACUGUAAAUGUCCAGUGUUGUAAUUUUGUUCAAUAACAUAGUCUGGCGUCUAAAAAAACAAAAGUAGGAUAUUAAAAAAAAACUUACUUUUACUGCUAGUGUGUGCCUUUUCUCGGAAACUAAGUUCAAAGAAAUUCACUUCAUACAUUUGUUCCUGGUUGUGAUAUGAGUGCUAAAUAUUGCAAGAAUGCAUCAAGCGGGCGGAAAAAGUGGUCGCCCCAAAAAUAAAUAUACAGCCGAAGCACUUGAGACUAUUAAACAGGACUUGACGAGAUUUCAAGUUCAAAAGGAUAACAAUGGAGGAGUACAGAACUUUGCUCACCUGCGAUAUCCCGCUGCCAACGGUCGAUCCGAUGCACCGGAAUAUCAUCAUCCCAAGCCGCCGAUGGAGGCACCUCCAUCGGGUGCACCCUCACCUGCGAUACCAACGUCGGCACAAAUUAAUGGACAUGUUGCAAAAGUGAUGCCGCCCUCGAUAAUGCCGACUAAACUAAAUCGAAAGGCAAGCAUAGAACGCGAAAUGCCAAUGAAUUAUUUGCGUUGCAGUCCUGCAUUGGACUCUGGAGCCGGCAGUUCACGUUCCGAUAGCCCCCAUUCACAUCAGCAGGUCACAUGUGCCAGUCGUGCAAGUACUGGUCAAUAUUCACCAUCACCAUCGAACUUUAGCGAUGUGACUCCGCCUGCACCUCCCCCUCGAAAUCCUACCACAGGCAAUUCGGCCACACCUCCACCUCCGCCACCAUCAAAUCAACUUUAUAAACGUCGCUCACCGGCGACAACCCGUCCCGCAGUCAUAACGCCAAAUUCUACACGUGGUACUUCGCCGGUGAUACCGCAGAAUGGUAUUAAGGCUCAGCAACAAUUAACACAGCAGAUGAAAGCGUUAAAUUUGUAUCAAUCAGGUGGCGGUACGGCAGUGGAACCACCUCCACCUUACCCUCUUACAACGGGUGUGGUUGUUCCUACGUCUGCGCCGCCUCCCAGUUAUAAUGCGUCUAUUCAAUCACGGCAAUCUCCAACACAGUCUCAGUCGGAUUAUCGUAAGUCGCCCAGUAGUGGCAUUUACUCGGCCACGUCGGCGGGCUCGCCAAGUCCCAUUACGGUAACAAAUAGUGCAAUUCUUCCACCACCUCUGCAGCCAUCCUCCUCGGUUGCCCGACCGCAACCCAGGGGGUAUCCAACGCGAAAUCAGCAGCCCAUCAUUAUGCAAAGUGUCAAGUCAACACAGGUCCAAAAGCCGGUAUUGCAAACAGCAGUUGCUCCACAGUCUCCAGUUACCGCUUCGGCUUGCAACUCACCGGUACACAUACUUCCAGCACCUCCUUCUUAUCCACAAAAAAGCUCGGCUGUAGUGCAACAACAGCAGCAGCAGCAGCAACAGCAGUCGCCACUUUUAGCUGGUGGUGUUCCCACAACGCAUCCAGUAGUAAGUAAAUCCACUCCACCGACGCCAACAACGCCUCCUUUGAUCGCCAAUGCACUUAACGGUACUGUUAUGACUAAAUCGCCGAGUGCUGAACCUCCUUCGUAUGCCAAAAGUAUGCAAGCUAAGGCGGCGCAGCACCAUCAGCAACAACACCAUCAGCAGGCACAAGCGGCAAUACAACAGCAACAACAGCAGAUACAGGCCCAAUUAAGAGCAGCAGCCCAACAGAAGCCUCCAGCCGCGGUACCUGUUGUGGGAAGCCGUCAAUUGCCGCCUCCUCCUCCCUAUCAAAGCGCACGAACUGCCGCGGCAGUUCCUCCCCCGCAUCCUCUGCCAUCUCCUUCGCCACAUGACCUGAAUAGCAAUAACAACAUCAUGGAAGUGCGAUCAAAUAGCACGGGCCUCAACAACAAUUCACCCAUUGCGAAUAGUAAUUUAGCCACCACACCACCCAUACCGCCCACAAAAAUCACUCUUAAUAAUUCUGGUAGUGGCGGCGAAUCUGUGGCCUCAUCCUCUUCGGGCGCCGCUGCCUCAUGCACGGGCAAAGCCACUCCUCCCGACAAUGUGAAGAAAAUAAAACAUGCCUCACCAAUACCUGAACGAAAGAAAGUCUCCAAAGAAAAGGAAGAAGAACGCAAAGAAUGUCGCAUUCGUCAAUACUCGCCACAAGCCUUUAAAUUCUACAUGGAACAGCAUAUUGAAAAUGUUCUCAAAUCCUAUAAACAGAGAACCUAUCGUAAGAAUCAAUUGGAAAAGGAAAUGUUGAAAAUAGGCCUCUCAACGCAAACGCAAGUCGAGAUGAGGAAAAUGCUCAAUCAAAAGGAGAGCAACUACAUACGCCUCAAACGUGCCAAAAUGGACAAAAGUAUGUUUAUGAAAAUCAAACCAAUUGGAGUGGGCGCCUUCGGUGAGGUGACUUUGGUGCGCAAAAUCGACACCACCAACCAUUUGUAUGCCAUGAAGACGUUACGCAAAGCGGAUGUCCUCAAGCGCAAUCAAGUGGCCCAUGUGAAAGCAGAACGUGAUAUUUUGGCUGAAGCCGAUAAUAAUUGGGUUGUCAAACUUUACUACAGUUUUCAGGACAAGGAUAAUUUAUAUUUUGUGAUGGACUAUAUACCAGGUGGUGAUCUUAUGUCGCUCCUAAUCAAAAAGGGCAUAUUUGAAGAGCCUUUGGCCCGUUUUUAUAUUGCCGAACUUACAUGUGCGGUUGAAAGUGUACAUAAAAUGGGCUUUAUUCAUAGGGAUAUAAAACCAGACAAUAUACUAAUCGACAGAGAUGGUCAUAUCAAAUUAACCGACUUUGGUUUAUGCACCGGCUUCAGAUGGACCCACAAUUCGAAAUAUUAUCAAGAAAAUGGUAACCAUGCUAGACAAGAUUCUAUGGAACCAUGGGAAGAUUUAUCUGAUAACGGACAAAAACCAACGGUGUUGGAAAGGCGAAGACUACGCGAUCACCAAAGGGUAUUGGCUCAUUCGUUGGUAGGCACCCCUAAUUACAUUGCUCCCGAAGUUCUGGAACGCAGUGGUUAUACCCAAUUAUGUGAUUGGUGGAGUGUUGGUGUUAUACUUUAUGAAAUGUUGGUAGGCCAACCACCAUUUUUAGCUAAUACACCUGUCGAAACUCAACAAAAGGUUAUAAAUUGGGAGAAGACGUUACACAUACCGCCGCAAGCAAAGUUAUCACACGAUGCCACAGAUCUUAUAUUACGGCUUUGUUCGUCGGCCGACAAACGUUUAGGCAAAAAGGCUGACGAAGUGAAGGCCCAUGAUUACUUCAAGGGCGUGGACUUUGCCGAUAUGCGGCGUCAAAUUGCUCCAUAUAUUCCAAAGAUUGAACAUCCAACAGAUACUUCAAAUUUUGAUCCAAUCGAUCCCGAUAAGUUGCGUUCAGAUUCGAAUAUGAGUGGUGAUGAGUUCAACGAUACGGACAAACCGUUUCAUGGCUUCUUCGAAUUCACCUUUCGUCGCUUCUUUGAUGAUAAACUUAAUCCUGAUGUAAUGGAUGACCAGUCACCAGUGUAUGUUUGAACGAAUACAAAAAAUGUGAGUUGUUACUAGAGCUUAGAUUUUUGUAUUUGCUGCGAACGAGUGUCGAGCGCGAGCACAAGCGACGACAGCAAACGAAGUUUGUGUGAAAAUCGAUCCCAAAAUUUUAUGAGAAAAAAAAGUUAGUUAAAGAACAAAACAAUGCAUAGUCAAUUUAUUUUAAAUCAAGUUUUCUUUUUUUUUAUAAUUAUAUAUAAAAAAAAAUAUAUAUUUCACAAGUGCGUAAGAACUAUUUACACAUACACUAUAUAAAUAUAUAUAAAUUUUUGAGAAAUGUUAGCCAUUCUUAUAAAAGAAAAAAAAAACAAACCAUACAAAUAACACACACACACAUAUAUGUAUAUAUUUACAUAUAUAUAUAAACAUAACAUACAUAAGUAUGAAUUUGAGUCAUUGUCUCCAUUACCCCACCGUAAUUUUAACUUAUACUCAAGAAGAGAAGGUGGUAGAACUCAUGAUAUCGUAUCAUAUCGUACAUUUGAAGGAAAAGAAACAUUUUUUAUAGCUACACUUACAUAUACAUAUAUAUAUAUUGUAAUUACGUAAUAAGGUUCGGAAGAAAGUAAUUUAUAAAAUAUAUAGUUGAAUGUUUGCCAAAAAAAGAAUGGAAAGAGAAAACGAUUAAAAAAGGAAGUGAAAAUCUACAACACACAUCAUAUAUAUACAAACUAACAUUAUUUAAUUAUUAUCGUCGCUUUAGCAGCAGCAAACAAAACUUUUUUUUUAAAGGGAAGCAGAAAUGAAAUAGGAAAAGAUUGUCUUAGAUGUUUUCAAAUAAAAAUAGAAUUCUUUUUCUUAAACUAAACCUACAGUGCUUUAGGAACUUUCUUUCUUUCUAAGAUGAUGAUGAGCGCGUGCGUUGGAGUUGUCGUUUUGGAAAGUUGAGAGUAUUGAGUGCCUAGAGAGAAAUGGAAAUCGCGAAGGGGAGAUGGCGGCAGCUGCAUGUCUUAAGAACUAUCAUUUCACCAAUUUUGAAUUGAUGAAAACAUCGAAGUGAAAUUCAUGUAUGUUUGUUCUUUGUAGGUUUAUUUCAUAGAAAGAGGAAGAAAACAAAAACACACAGAAUACCAAAGUUUCUACAAAUGUUUGAAAACAUCUAAUAAGAUUUUUUUUUGUAAUGAAAUGAACUGAGUUAUUUUUUACGUUUAAUUUAGGUAUUAUUAUGAAUUUAUAUGAAGAAAAACAAACAAAACAAAAAAUUUAUACAUAUUGAGUUUUUUAUAUCAAACUAUCCUAAAAACAUUUCUUCGUCAAUUGCUUUCUGUUCGCUGCUAUAAAAUACAUCAAUCGAUUGAGGUGCUUUUCAAUGAAUAUUGGAUCCGAGUCAAACCAAUUUAGAGUUUUUUUUUAUCUAAAAAAAUUAUACACAUACGUAUAGAUAUCAGCUGGCUGGAUAUAAAAAAAAAACUAAGUUUAGAUCGUAAAAAGAACUGUGUGACUCAAAACGCUGUAUUAACUUACAUAUCUAGGAGGCGAGGACAGCAUCUAUGAUUUAUUGGGCAAACGAAGUAAAUUUCUCGUAGCUUUUCUUAUACUAGGUAUCCUUGACUUUAUUGAAGUUUCUAUUUGCAGGGGUGCCGAUGCAAAUGCCCUCUUAUAUCAAACGGCCCCGGUAGCUGAGUAUGCCGUAGCUGAGAAUAUUGGAUCCGAGUCAAACCAAGUUUUUUUAUCUAAAAAAAAUUAUACACAUACAUAUAGAUAUCAGCUGGCUGGAUAUAAAAAAAACUAAGUUUAGAUCGUAAAAAGAACUGUGUGAUUCAAAACGCUGUAUUAACUUACAUAUCUAGGAGGCGCAGGACAGCAUCUAUGAUUUAUUGGGCAAACGAAGUAAAUUUCUCGUAGCUUUUCUUAUACUAGGUAUCCUUGACUUUAUUGAAGUUUCUAUUUGCAGGGGUGCCGAUGCAAAUGCCCUCUUAUAUCAAACGGCCCCGGUAGCUGAGUUGAGCAAGAUUUCGAUUCCCAUUAGAGGCUUUGGUCAUAAUGGACAAAAAUUAACCAAACCUUCUUACAAAAUAGUCUACAAAAUGAUAGGCGUAUGGUUCAUACAGAUCAUGGUACUAGACUCACGCACAUAUCUAGUCUUGCAAUACCUAUACACAUCCUUGACGCAGAUUGAUACAUAUAUUUUACAUUAAGCACUGCCUCAUCUACUUUGGAAGUACUCAUGCUUCUGCUUCAUAUAACGGCAUAAUCUCAUAACCGGGCGCAUCCACAGGUUGCGGAUAGUGGGGUGCUUCAUCCAGAGUAGCUGUAACUGCAGUCGCGGACAAUCAGCUGUAUCGAGCGGAUAGUCUCAGUGAGAGGUCGGGUGGCAACGGCUCCUGCACAAAUACUGAGUGCCUACGAUGCUCGAUAUGAAAAGGCGAGUUAUUGGCGACUUUAAAUAACCAAUGGCCACCCUGUUCCCGUGGCGAUCGGUUCUUUGGACCGGAACGAACUUGCUCACCUGCAUGAGCUUGACGAGGAUCGCCACCACCACAUAAAAAUGUGGUUACAACAACAACAACCGUAUAACUUGUAGAUCACCAAUUUAUCGAGAAGUGGCUUUGCUCUUGCUCUUCUUGCUCAUCUUGCUCAAGCUCCUUUUAAACGACCAGACAUGUCAUAUGAGCUGUCACUUUCUGUAUUCAUAAGACUUGUCUUAUGUACGUCAUAUACGAAUAGAGAAAAUCGAAUCUCAUAUGUAUUGUACCUUUUUUAGACAUAUGUCUACGUGUAUAUUUAAUGAAAUAAAUGCUCGAUUUAAUCGAAAAAGUUAAAUAUUUGGUCCCAUAUCCAUUUGUCAUAUUAAAUUUUUCGUACGUAUCCAACGAUGUGUACAACUUUGAGAGUUGGUAUUUAUACCCUACACCACCACAGUGGUACAGGGUAUUAUAGAUUUGUGCAUUUGUUUGCAACGCGCUAGACGAAGAGCUAGACCCAUCGAUAAGUAUACGGAUCGGCUUAGAAACACUUCCUGAUUUGAUUUAGCUAUGUCCGUCUGUCCAUGUAUUCUUAUAAUCAAGGUACAGGUGGCAUUUGUUGUCCGAUUUUCACAACAUUUUGCAUAAGACUCUUUUUUUGGACGAACGAUAUUGAUUUUGAUAAAAAUCGGUCCAUAUUUAGAUAUAGCUCCCAUACAUAUCUUUCAUCUGAUGUGCCUUUUUGAAGCCGUAGAAGCCACGUUUUUGGUCCGAUCUUUAUCAAAUUUGGCACGAAGUGCUUUUUGUGACGUCCCAAUAUGUGUGAAAAAUUUCAUAAGAAUCAGAUCAGAUCUAUAUACAGCUCCCAUAUAUAAAUUUCAUCCGAUAUGCCCUUUAAAGCUGUAGUAGCUAAAAUUUUAGUCCGAUCUCUACAAAAUUUUUCAUGAGAUGUUUUAAUUGACAUUCCAAUACGUGUGCAAAAUUUCAUCAAAAUCAAAUAAGAUUUAAAUAAAACUCCCAUAUACAACUUUUAUGUGUUUCGACUUUUAAGGUUGUAGAAGCCACAAUUUUCGUACCAUCGUAAGAAAAUCGUACAAGGUUCUAUUCGAUAGUCGAUCAAUAGGUAUGCAAAAUUAAAGUCUGACCAGAUUUGGAUAUAAGUGCUAUAUACUAAAAGCAUUACGGAGACUCGGUAAUGUAGGGUAUUAUACAGUCGGCUCCGCCCGACUUUUGUCUUUCCUUACUGUUUUUGAAAUUACAUUACAUGACAUGUCUGAUCGUCUAAUGGCAGCUUUAGUCCAAAGUAGCAUCGAUUGAUAAUUAUUAGUCAGGUUCUCAGUAUUUAAGCAAGAGACGGUGCCGUUCGUCUUCUUACUAAGAUUCUCCACUCGAUAUCGUUGAGUGUCCGCGACUGCAAUUACAUUUGCGCUCGGUGACUCUCAGCUAAGCUUCUGGAGAUAACGAUGAAUACCACACAGAUCGGAGCUGAAAGUUCCAGCCCAUGUGCUGCUCAUUAUGAAUGGAUCAACCCUAUUGUUGAUGGAGAGCAUACUCCUUAGCUCAUAAGCUUGACUAUUUAAACCCUAAUCGAGCAGAAAGUCUUUUUUAACGGCGCACACAAUCGAAUUCUUAACUUAACAAAACGACCUAUGACAUAGAGAUUAAGUGUGAGGCAGUCUCUGCGGCUAUAAGACUUAAGGCAAUGGGAGAAUGGAUUGAGGAUGGGAGCAGUUCAUACCAUCGCGGUAUAAUCGUGGUGACGUUAGGAAACCUGAAAGGUAGGAAAGAGGUUUCCGAUCGGAUACCUGAGAUGCACCUUGAAGUCGAGUGCGAGGCACUACUGCCAUCGGCGCAGUCUAGCCAUCUGGAAGAUCAUGUUACACGGAUGGAUCAAAGCUAGAGGACAGAGUGGGCCUGGGGGUCUACAUUGAGAAUCCAGGGACUGAGAUCUGCUUUAGACUGACCAUAAUACGGCAUUGCAAGCGGAGAUCCGAGCGAUCACGGAAUGCGUGAAGGGGUGUGGUGCUACCGCGAGGACGUCGAGUGUGAACAUCUUUAGCGACAGUAAAAUUGACAUAAGGGCAAUAACAACCAGGACGGUAAGGUUACGAGCAGUCUUGCAGUGUAAGAAAGAGAUUAACGCCUCCUCUGAGAAUGGCAAAAUCCGCAGCAUUUGGGUGCCGGGUCAUAACGGAGUGAGGGGGAAUGAAAGGGUAGACAAUUUGGCAGUAAAGGCCGAGGACUGCCGUCAAUAAACUUGGUUAACCCGAAGCCUUUCGGGUCGACGCAGUCCGAGUUAGGGGGGUGGGAGACGAAUGCGCUUGCAACAUUGUGGAACAGCGAAACGGUCGGUAGGACGGCGAAAAUCCUAUAGGGGGAUCCAGAUCGUGAGAAGACGAGUCUAUUACUGAAAGGAAGUAAGAACGAGGUCAGUAUAGCUAUUGGUAUCAUAACAGGAUGUAGGCCACCGUAGCGCUGAGGUUAGCAUGUCCGCCUAUGACGCUGAACGCCUGUGUUCGAAUCCUGGCGAGACCAUCAGAAAAAAUGUUCAGCGUUGGUUUUCCCCUCCUAAUGCUGGCAACAUUUGUGAGGUACUAUGACAUGUAAAACUUCACUCCAUGUCAUUCGGACUCGGCUAUAAAAAGGCUUAAAUCGGACUGCACACAUUGAUAUGUGAGAAGUUUGCCCCUGUUCCUUAGUGGAAUGUUCAUGCGCAAAAUUUGCAUUUGCAUCAUAAGGGGACACAUAGGACAACGAGCUCACUUAUGUAAAAUCGGUGAGGCAAGUGAUAGCAUGUGUAGGGCAUGCGGGCAAGAUAAUGAGACGUUGGAGUAUUUCCUUUCCAGGCAUGAACCAACUUCGGGGAGUGGUAUUGAAAACAAUUAAGGAUUCUGUAAGUUGCAUGGAAUUCCUAACUUAAAAUGUAUAGUUUUUAGAGCGCACAACAAGCCGAUUACUGGCUUAGGUGUAUGUCCAUAGUGGCAUGGGGCGGAUUAAAAUCUGAACCCUCUUUUCAACCUAACCUAACCUAGUACCUAUUUAAUCUCUACAUAAACAAGUGGUACAUUCUCUCGAACACUAAUUAGACUAUUGAUAGUUUUAAACUAUCUUUUGUACCGAUUUAGUGUCUCGAGCAAUAGAAAAUGUUUGCAAGAACCCUUCUCCGGAUGCUCAACCAGAGCAUUGUUGUCCGUUGAGUUUGUAGUAUGGCAUCUAGAAAAUGUAACGUCGUUCAAAUUGAUGGACAAUGAUCGUUCUGAAAUCUUUGCAUCUUAGACAACGAAACUGGCAACUACUCGUAGUUCCGUCGUCGCUUCUUUUCGUAGUAUCAAGUACACAGAAAAAAAAAAUAAAUAAAAAUCGGCUUCAAUAACCAAAUUAAUAAAUCCAAUUAAUUUUUUAAUUGAAAUUGAUUCAAUCACGAAAUUGAUAAUAUUAAUCACAGCUCUUGAAAAAGGCGAAUGAAAAAAUUUUCAAUUUAAAAAAUUGUUUAAAUUUCCAAUAAAGUUUUUAAUCAAUCCAAUUAAAAAAGUAUUGAAAUUUUUUAAAUUUUCAAUUAAUUUUUUAAUUGAUUUAAGUAAAAAAAUGAUUGAAUUGUUGAAAAUUUCCGAAUGUAAUAUUAAAUUUUUUUGCAAAAAGCUCGCUGUAUGCAACUUGAUUCACAUAUGUAAAACUCCUGGAACUCGAAUUUGACGUUUAUGUUUGAUUCCACGAUCACUCAUCAAAAACAAAACACCUCCGGAGGUUUUUCUAAAAAUUCAA